CUGUGCUGUGAUUUUGACGUCUUGGAGGUUAUGUCCUUAUUUGAAAAUAGUAAAUUAUCGAAAAAUAGGAAAUUUACACGCCGAAAAACCUUUCAGAUUCUUUUUUGAAGAAAUCUGGAUUAAACAGGAUUGAGUGUGAAACUUGAAGGAAAAAACGCUCCUGUACAUUACAAGGAUAUUUCGAUUUUGGCAUGAAAUAUGUGUUCAGUUAAUCUAGGCCCAGGAUGGAAUAUAUCCCAACAAGGUUUCAUUACAAUUUCCGAAAGCAACGCAAUAGCAGAUAAAAAUAUUUUAUUGAGAAAUGCAUUGAAUGCUGAUCUGAGAGAAAUUGGUUCUCCAGUCCUCACUAAGGAAUACAAUAAAAACCAAAUAUCCGAGUUGGUUUUACAAAUACAGAAAAUUCGUAAUGUUGCUGCUCCAAAAGCCAAUGAAGAAUCUAAUGCUGCCCCUCGAAUGUUGAAAUUGACCUUAACUGAUGGAGAAACAUUUGUUCAAGCUAUAGAAACUUCAAAUAUUCCAUUUAUUAGCAGAGAGAAGACUCCACCUGGCUCUAAAAUUUUGCUACAGAAUGUUAGGAUUCAAAAUGGAUUUCUGUUAUUAAACCAGAAAAAUACGAAAUUACUUGGAGGAAAUGUACCACACUUAUUUGAAAAAUGGGAGUUGGCUAAAAGUGUUCAACAUCAUAGUAGGAAUAUAGCAUCUGCUGAUGGCCCUCCAGCAUGGGUUAAUUUUGGUUUUAAAGUAUCAAAUUUUGGGGAAGAAGUUAAAGUAACUGAUAGUGGAAAAACUAAAGAACAGGUGAAGGAAAACACCGAGUUCGAAAAUUUGAGAAAAGAUGCAAUUGCAGAAGCUGCAACUGGGGCUGUGAGAAAAAUAUUCGGAGCUGGUGCCAAGCUUCCAAAUACAGCUCCUAGAAUUGACACUAACAAAGCUAGAUAUGAAGGGGGAAAACAACAAAUUAGGAAUAAAAAAGAAAGCAAGCCCUUGAAAGAAAGUGUGCCCCAGAAACCUACAGAUAAAGUUUCUUUGUUUGAUUUUCUUGAAAAUAAAUUGCAAAUUGCUGGGGGUUCUGUGGAUGUGAAAUCCAAACAAGAUAAUCAGGAUAAGAAAAGUGACUAUGAAGAUCAAAAUCAUUCAUAUCAUAAAAAUGUAAUGCCGAAGAAGGAAUAUGAACAAAAAAAUAGUUCUGAAUUUCGAGUAAAUCAUGAUUAUGAAAAUUCAAGUCAUUAUGUUCAAAAACAAUCUUCCUCCUACAGAGAAAUGGAGAGUAAUAAAAAACAAUACAAGAAUCGUGAUUAUUCAAACUCCACCAGAGGAUAUGGGAAUGACCAUGGGAAAGCUUCAAAAGAAGGGUCAAAAGUAUUUGAUAUCAACAAUUCCUCUUAUAGGUAUAAUGCUAGAGAGACUCCAGUAAAAAAAAGUUCCAGUGCUAAAUUUCAGAAUGACUCGUAUAAGAAUUCUCAUGAUUCCUUUGAGAGUCAAAGCAAUACAAGAAAUAAUUACAAUGAUUCUGCUCCACAAAAAAAUAGCCAAAUAUGUAAAAGGAAUGAGGAGGAAAAAAUGCACGAUAGUUGGCAUUAUAGAGCACCUAAUCUGGUUAAUCAUGAGCAGAAAGGUAGUGAGGUAAUAGAUAAUUUGACUGAACAAGUUGUUAAAAUGUCUGUUGGUGGCGAAUUUGCUAGUAGAAGUUUGAGGCAGCAUCUCAAUUUACAAGGAAAAAAAACAAAUAUACCUAAAAGUGCAGUUGAUAGUAAUAGGAUUAAUGAUAAUAAAAGCUUCAAUGUUGGGGAUGAGUGUUUAGCCAAAUAUUGGGAGGAUGACAAAUUUUACCCAUCAAGAGUUACCGCAUUGACAGACACCACAUAUGUUGUACAGUUCAAAGGUUAUGGAAAUAUUGAAGAAGUUCUCAAAGCUGAUUGUAUACCCUUAGACCAGGAAAGAGGCGAAAAAAAGAAAUACCAUAAAGGUCCUGUAGAAUUUCGAAGAAAUCCUAAAAAAGUCCUAUCCAGCUAGUUUAUAAUUUCUAUUUGGUUGAAAUUAAUCAGACCAAUUUCGUACACAUAAUAAACAAUCGAUUUACCGAAUCUUUUAUAAUAUUGUAUUGAAAGAUUGUAAUUUAACCAAUAACUGUACAUCUAUACUUAUACCAUGUUUCUUACUUUGAUAUUUAAUAUUCUUGUAGUUGAACACAUUUCGAGUUGUGACUAUUUAUUAUUGGAUUGAAUUGAGAAAUAUAUCUAUCAAUUUGA